GGAUUUGAUUAUUAUAAAAAUAAGAGAGAAAAUAUCCAUCGAUUGGUUUCAAAGAUAGUGAAGUCAAUUCAUCCUACAAAAGCUGCGGUUGUAUAUAAAUUGAUGUGCCACUGAAACUGGAAAAACAGAAGCAGGUAUUCGCGGGGACCGGCGGGUAAAAAGAGUGUUAGAGCUAGAGCUCCCUUUAAACAGAGGUUCGUGCACUGCGUUCAUCGUCAUUAUACACAUUCACUGAACACCGGUAAGGAACAUAAGCAAUGCAGUGCAGUUGAACUUGAUUUUGUAAAAUAUUCAUCGGACAUUAUAUCACGGUUUAUCACACUUCGCUGUGGCAACUCAGCUUUUAUUUCUUAAAUUCGAAAUGCAUUAUGAUAAUACAUGAAGACGGGAGCAAUGUGUGCUGUAUAAGACCUACUUUAUGCUUUAUGAGCUUCUUGAAUUCGAUCUCGAGGAUAGACUGAGAUGCAUGCAUAUUCGCACGCAAGAGUGUUUAUAUCGAUUCUCGAAACAUACAUAGACCAAAACAAACGUAAAUCGCAUUUGUAAAAGCUAUUUAUGCACACAAGUCAAGAUAUAUCUAUUAUAUAGGCUAUAGGCCUGCAUAGUAAAUUGAAAUUGAAUGCAAGAAGCUGCAUAUAACAGUUGCUGCGAGAUCAUUGCAUCUAUAUAUUCCAUCUUGGGAGUCGCACGUCGUUGAAUGGAGGAAAAUAGGCAUGCACGCAAGACAACAACGCCAUCACCCACAAAAUCCUAUAGGAUUUGGAAUUUUUUGUGGACUGAAAUUUAAGAUAUCCAUCGCAGGCACAACAGACGUAGCAUUAUAUUCUACAACAGUGAGCAUUUGUUUAAGUUGAUCUACCAAGCAAAAUGAAAGGUAUACCCUCAAUUCGAUGGUUGUUUGCCUGUAUGGCGUUCCUGGGGAUCUCUGUCGUUCUAAUGAUGCGACUCAACAUCAGCGUUGCCAUGGCAAUAAUGGCGGGGAGUGGUAGUCAUCACAACUCAUCGAGCCCGCCAUUUCAGAUGACGAUGAACGGAACCUAUACUAAUACUGUGGGCUUUUACCCUGCGCCCCCAAGUGACAUAUCGAAUGUCAACAUCAGUGGAAGCAGUGCUUCAAAGGAGAUCGCACAAGCCGAGGGCGAGUUCAACUGGAGUAGUCAUAUCCAGGAGCUUCUAUUAGCUGCAUUCUAUAUCGGGUAUACCUUAGGCAACAUACCAGCGGGAUGGCUAGCAGACAGAUUCGGAGGAAAAUGGAUCGUCUUUGGAGGGGCCUUUGGCAGCGCUGUUUUUAAUAUUUUGGGGCCGUUAGCGGCUCGAUCCAGCAUCGAAUUCUUUUUUGCAACGCGAUGUCUGGCCGGAUUUGUCGAGGGUUUCUUCUUACCUGCCCUUUACCCAAUGGUGAAUAAUUGGUCACCAGUCAAGGAAAGAACCCGAAUGAUGGCACUUAUUGUUGCAGGAUUUGCAUUUGGACCGGCUCUAGGGCAGUCUAUUUCUGGAGUAAUUUGCGCUAAUCUUGGGUGGCCUUCAAGCUUCUAUUUUGUUGGUGGCCUUACUAUCUUUUGGGCGAUUCUAUGGACAGUGAUAUCUUAUGAUCAUCCAUAUAAACAUCCUUGCAUUAGACAUACAGAACUUGAGUACAUCGAAAGAACAAGAUCAAAAAGAUCGAAUACGUCUAAGGUACCUAUUCGGUCGAUCUUGCUAUCCUUGCCUGUCAUCGCUUACACUAUUACAAUGUUCUGUAUUCCUGGAUUCGUGUACUUCAAUUUGGCGUGCAAUCUACCCAUCUACUUCAAACACGUAUUGCAGUUUGACAUCAUGUCUGUGGGCUUUCUUACAUCAAUCCCAUAUGUGUGUCAAUGGACUGCUUCACUGCUUGCGUCAUUUAUAUCGGACGCACUGAUAAAUCGAAAUAUCUUAAGUAGAACCUCGGUUCGAAAACUUAUCAUAUGUUCAGGAGCAACAGUAAUGGCUGCGUGUUUUUUGGCGAUCUCCUUCAUCGUGAAAAGCGACACGUCCGUCAUUGUUAUACUCGUGAUCGUGAUGUAUGUAGCUAUGGGCGUCGUCUUCUCAGCCGUCUUCGUUAACGCUAUAGAUCUCGCCCCCAGCUACUCGGGGACGGUAUCCGGCAUCAGCAACGCGAUCGCUGUCUCCUCGGGGUUCAUUGGUCCUAUUGUGACGUCACUCUUCACCGAGGAUCAGACCGACCCCGCUGGUUGGAGGAUUGUAUUCCUAAUCACCACCGCUGUCACCCUGUUCGGUCCCCUCGUGUUCCUCAUCAUCGGGUCGGGUGAUGUUCAACCCUGGGCUAUUAUGACUGAUGAAGACGUGAAUGAAAUGGACAAGACGCGACCGGACCAAAUACCAAAUGAAAAUGUAGCCAUGAUAAAAAGUGUAAACUCCAAUGAAGCGUUAACGUGACAAAGUUUGAACUAGAGAGGGAGUUUGACAGGGACGGGCCGAGUGGAGGUGCCGUGGCGCCUGGCUAUACAUGAACAUUUCCGGGGUUCGAUGGUUCGAUCCCCGGCCGCGGAGUGAUCUAAGGCACCUCAGGCGCGUAGCCAGGAGGGGCGGUGGGGGCGGUCGCCUCCCAAGAAAAACGCUCCCAAAAAGAAAAAAAGGAGAAAACUAGAAAAAGAGAAAGCGAAAGGAGGAAGGGGAAGGAAGGUAUAACUUUGUUGUCUUUUCCCUUCUUUUUGGGUUAAAAGAAUAAAAACCUAAACGAGACGUUCUUCUCUCUUUAUACAAAAUUUUGCUUCAGCGCUCCGCGCAAUAAAAAUAUCUAAAUUGCCAUUCCUUUUUGUUUCCCACACCUUUUUUCUACUCCGUUUUUCCCCUUCCUGCCUGUGGGAAUCGUAUAUUCUAGCCAAAAAUUAUAAAGUAUGUGUGUAAAGAGUAUGACAAGUAUUUUUUCGAAUAUUGCAUUUACACAAAAGUUUGGCUCUUCUGUUCAGAGCGGGUAAACAUUACCGUCACUCCCCGAGUCCCCAAAUGCUAUUUCUUUCGCUUUUCAGCAAGUAAUUUUUGGCAAAGUAUCUGCUCAAAGGGGUGGCAUUAAAUUCGUGCCGUGCUAUAUGCAAACAUAUGUACGAUAUUAUACUUUAUUCUAUAUCAACGCACAUCCAUUUUUUCUUGUUUUGCGCCAUUGAUUUGAAAUUUUGAAUAUCUCUGAAGUUUCUUAAUCUAUAGGGAGCGCUUAAUAUGAGCGAAAUUACACAUUUUUUCCCAAAAUAAAUCACCGAGGUUUCCGCGCUUCGCGAUCGAGCAUGGGAAAGGAAAAGUCCCUCUACUAGCUUGCAUCAUCCCUUUCACAUUUUGAGCUCGUUUUUCUUCUUAAUCGAGUUAUAUAUAAUAUAAGAAAUGUCAAAUUUAGAACAGGUUAAAGUUUUAGAGAUUUUUUUUUUUAUAUUAACGGGAAGGAAUAUAGCGCCUAUUUCCUUUCUGUAUAUACCCGUCUUCUACUGUUUUGCGACUUGAGUUAAAGAAAUUUAAUGUGGAUACACUUUUUACAAUAAAAUAUGAUAUGACCAAGAUAGACAUAAUAAUUUCUGUUCUCUCUUUUUACAAAACUAUUUAGGCUUCCACGCUUCGCGCGGUAAGAGGAAUUAUUUCACAUUCUUCAAUCUUUUGCCCAUUCUUGGGGCGGUCAUAAUUUAUUUCGAAAACAAUUUUGUUUUUAAAGCAAGUCAAUAUUCGAGUUGAUAAGGGUACUAGAGACGCAAGAGACGCCUUCUUUUGAUUUGAAUUUGAUGAGAUAUCGAAAACUUCGCGCUUCGCGCGGGAGGGGGAAACUCCCCCCCUCCCUGCACCCUCCCCCUAGGGAGCGCGCUCUGUAAGUGUUGGCACGCUUCGCGUGCACUCACCGCCCCCUCCAAAAUUAAAACCUGGCUACGCGGUUGAGGCACCUGGCUAUACAUGAAAAAGUCCGGGGUUCGAUCCCCGGCCGCGGAGUGAUCUAUAAGGCACCUGGCUAUACAUGAAAAAGUCCGGGGUUCGAUCCCCGGCCGCGGAGUGAUCUAUAAGGCACCUGGCUAUACAUGAAAAAGUCCGGGGUUCGAUCCGCGGCAGCUAUGCCUGUGAGCAAGGCAUUAAAUCUACAAUGCUCUUUUAUCCUGUUUUCAAAUAAAUGGAAAUUUUAUAUGCGUUUAUUGGUAACUGGGUGUGAACCUGUUUAAAAAAAAUAUAUAUAUAUUAAUUACCACUCUGAGGACGGGCACAGCUUGUGGACGACGAGACGACCAAUUUUUAUGAAAUGGAAUUUAGUCGAAACAGUAAAAUGUAGUCGGAGAUGCUGAAUUUGUCGCAUAAAGUGAAAUUAGUCGGAGAAAGGCUCCGACUCAUUUUUUUUUCAUGAAACGCCCCCCUUCGAAUGUAGCCAAAUCAAGCAUGUCAGGUGGUAUGAUUUUCGAACAUUAGAAUCUUGAAAGAUCACACUUCCACGUGAAACGGCAAUGAGCUAACAUCUUCCAUUUUUUUAUGGUUGUGCAAUAUUGUGAAAUGUACUCAAACUAGCGAUAUUCCCAAUUGUUGCUGCUGUAUUAGCCAAUUAAUCUAUGAUUUAAUAUAUAUAUUCAUCAGUUUAUAUAGUUUAUUCAUUUUUCUUUUACGUAUCUGUUAAGCGUUAUUUCUUCCAAUUCAUAUUUGAAGGUUUAAAUACCAAGGUUUUCAAGAUGAUAAUCGUGGAUUGUCGACUAGACCGCCAUUUCAGAUGCUCAUUGCAUCUGGGUAUCGUCGGAAAAAGACCUAAUACCUAGCCAUAUUAUUUUGCGUGACUAAAAGUUUUAUACAUUGUACUAUAAUCAGUGGCGUACCGUGAGUCACGGCAUGGGGGGGGGGCACCAGCAAAAAUUUGAGUUACUUUUGCGCGCUCAAUUGCGAGGUAUACUGACCUUAUAGAGACAUUUUAAGGACAGUGCCAUUAUUAACGGAUAUGUAUGUCACUGAUCAAAUAAUAAGAGCGCAAAUCGCGAGCUGAAAAUUUUAGAUAUUCAGACCUAAAAAAAGACAUUACAAGCAAAUUUUUGUAAUCAUGAUACGUACCUGUCUCACUAAACAAGCAAUGCGAGCGCGAAGCGCGAGCUGAAAUUUUCGUAUAUAUUGACCCCAAACGGACAUUUUAUGGACAAUUUUUUUAAGGAAUCCAUUAAGAGUAUACAUAUAUCAUCAUAGUCAUCUAAUGCGAGUGCCAAGCGCUUGCUAAUUUUGUUAUAAUAUCCAUCUAAACACACGAAACACUUUUUGUAGUCAUUGUUAUUAUGAUUAUCAUACCCAUCUAACUAAUCAAAUAGUUCGAGCGCGAAGCGCGAGCUGAAAAUUUAGAAAAUUCAGACCUUAAGAGGGGCAUUCUAAGGCUUGUUUGUAGGAAUUCACGAAGACCAUACGUAUUUCACUAACCGAAUGAUGCGAGCGCGAAGCGCGAGCUGAAAAUUUUUGAUAUUCAGAUUAGAAAAAGGGACAUUUUAAGGACUGAUUUUAGGAAUUCAUGAAGAGCAGACAUAUAUCAUCAAUCCACUCAUGCAAACGUAAGCACGGACAGGAAAUUAUUUAUAUUAAGACCUUAAAAUGGGGCAAUAACUUUAAGUAGUCAUGAAAAAGAAGCAUAUGUCACUUCAUAAAGCAAUAAUAAAUCGAAGUGCGAGGAAGUAUAUUUGGUGUAUAUUGACUUGAAAAUGGGAGGUUUUAGUACAACAAGAUUAUAUAUCUCGUUAAACAGACAAUGCGAACACCAGGAAUAAUGAAGACAUAGGCCUUGAGCAAAUGUUUCAAAAAAUUAUGAAAAAAUGUUUCUUAUGUAAUAUAACAUAACAUAAUUAUAUGUAUUAUUAUAAUGAACAAUUAUUUCUUCUUUCCCGCUACGUUUCUCUUCCUUUCUCCCUCUUUUUCUCCUUUUGCCCGUUUUUUUUUUGGCCAGCCGAUUGGGGGGGGGGGGGGGGGCACGUGCCCCCCGUAGUUACGCCACUGACUAUUAUCAUUAUAGUGUAUCGUGGUGCUGGUGACUCAUUCUUGGCUUUCUUUCAGGGAAGUAUUAGCCUUGAUAUGAAUAAUGAAUAUAUCUUUUACAAUAUA